GGAAAACAGCGAUUCACUGCGUGCUGCGUGCGUGCGUCCGCCCGCUCCGUGGUCGCUGUCUCCGCUAAUCCACUGCCGUGUGUCGUCCGAAGUGAUGUCGUGGAAGUUGUUAUGCCUUAGGUUAUGUGUAAACCAUUGUAAUAUACGCUAGAUAGGACAAUGGGGAGCUGUUUCAGUCGCUCCGCGAGCAAGAACUCCAACAAGAAAGAGACAGUUCAACCGCCCCUCGAUCGCGGUGACGUCGCCCAAGCCGCCUCCCCGAUCAAUAUCGUCGGCGUUGGGCCAGUGACUACUCAUGAACCCAGGGCUGUGCACCACCUCGACAUGGGCCGAGGCUCGACGCCGUCGGCAGCGGCUGAGGCUCCGGAAACAAUAUCUGGUGGGACCAAAGUCUUCGUAGCCCUCUACGACUACGAUGCCCGAACGGAUGAAGACCUCAGUUUCAAGAAAGGCGAACACUUGGAGAUCUUGAACGACACGCAAGGCGACUGGUGGUUUGCACGUUCCAAAGCUACAAAGCAAGAAGGCUACAUCCCGUCGAACUAUGUGGCAAAACUCAAAUCCAUAGAGGCUGAGCCCUGGUACUUUGGCAAGAUCAAGCGUAUCGAGGCUGAGAAGAAAUUGCUGUUGCCAGAGAACGAGCAUGGUGCCUUCCUCAUCCGAGACAGCGAGAGCCGCCGAAACGACUUUUCUCUCUCUGUGCGCGACGGAGACACAGUAAAGCACUACCGGAUCCGACAGCUGGACGAAGGGGGCUUCUUUAUAGCACGCCGGACGACCUUCCGUACCCUGCAGGAGUUGGUGGACCACUACAGCAGCGAUGCGGACGGUCUGUGCGUCAACCUGCGCAAGCCCUGCGUCCAGGGGACGCUCUAUCGAGGGGUCUUGCAGGUGGAGAAGCCCAUGACGAGCGGGCUGUCGCACAGCACAAGGGACCAGUGGGAAAUCGAGCGAUCGUCGCUGAAAUUCGUACGGAAGUUGGGCCAAGGGCAGUUCGGUGAAGUGUGGGAAGGUCUGUGGAACAACACAACGCCUGUGGCCAUCAAGACCCUCAAGCCAGGAACAAUGGACCCGAAGGACUUCUUGGCAGAAGCGCAGAUCAUGAAGAAACUGAGGCAUCCAAAGCUUGUGCAGCUUUAUGCUGUGUGCACGCUGGAAGAGCCCAUCUACAUUAUUACGGAGCUUAUGAAGCAUGGCUCCCUCUUGGAGUUCUUACAGGGCAAAGGGCGGUCGCUGCAGCUCCCGCAACUGGUGGACAUGGCAGCGCAGAUAGCGGCCGGCAUGGCGUACCUGGAAGCCCAAAACUACAUCCACCGGGACCUGGCGGCGCGCAACAUCCUGGUGGGGGACGCCAACGUAGUGAAGAUUGCGGACUUUGGCCUGGCCAGGCUCAUCCGGGAGGACGAGUACGAGGCCCGCGUCGGGGCGCGCUUCCCCAUCAAGUGGACGGCCCCCGAGGCGGCAAACUACUCAAAGUUCUCCAUCAAAUCGGAUGUGUGGUCCUUUGGUAUACUCCUCACAGAGCUAGUCACCUACGGCCGCAUCCCCUAUCCAGGUAUGACGAACGCAGAGGUAUUGCAUCAGGUAGAACACGGCUACAGAAUGCCAUGCCCACCCGGCUGCCCACCCGCCCUAUACGAGAUCAUGCUUGAAACAUGGCACAAGGACCCCAUGAAGCGUCCCACCUUCGAGACCCUGCAGUGGAAGCUCGAGGACUUCUUCACCAUGGAAGGUUCCGAGUAUAAGGAGGCCUCGGUUGCCUACUGAGAGGGUUCGACAUAACGCUGCCCCAUGGAGUCCUCUUCAGCGUAGAGGCCUUUAUGUGAGAUAUAACUACUUGUGAGAAUGCUUAAUGUUGAACGAGCAUCGUGCGAGGCCAUCAGGAGACUGCGGAGGCGAGAUCAUGCGUGGGGUUCGCCUGAAAUCCAAGUUAUCCUGUGCAGUAGUUUUGAGGAAGUGUUCGGAGUGAAGAGAGAGAUCUCAUAUGAUUAGAUCUCCUGUGUGGAUACCUCAUCUAAGAUUAUCUUGAGACUGGAACGUUGGUGCGGCAUUUCCGCGGAACAGAAGCGAUUUUUGCUGCUGGCUGACAGUUGGACUUGUGUGCCCCGAAGAAUGGCUGCUCCUUUGCAAGUUUUUACGUGUCCCCGUUGAACAGUUCACCAGCUGUCUCAUCCUGCUAACGCUUUCGGAGCCACUACCACGCAUUUUUUUAAUUUUAUUUUUUACUUCAGUUGUGUUGAGUGUUUUACGUGGGUCAUCGACCGCAGCUGGUAUUCUACUUUAAAUCUACCUUCUUUGGCAGUGAGCAUGAUGGCUGUACAUUUGUGCUGACAUGUUGUUAGGCUGUACCCUCUCCCCACACACUACGCAGAGUUCGUGGGAGGAGGAAAUUUGAAGGACGUACCUGGCAGGACGUACUGCCUUAAUUCUAGCGUUUUGUCUUACUCAAAAGGGGAGAAACGUGUGUCGUCGGGACAGACUGAUCUCGAUGUAUCGUUCUGCCUGCUGCUAAGGCGAAGGUGAUGGACAACUGCGUUUUCGUUGCUUCUUGAACAAAACUUCUUCUCCCCCCCCCUCCCUGUUUUACUGUGAACAAAGUGUAAAUGUCACGGCUCGCUUCCGCGAGGCUUCCUGCCGCGGUGAAGGAUGGCAUUCCACUUGAGUGAGACUGGUUGAAGAUCAACAUAUCCCUGCUUGCCUUGAAGAAUGGACAGUAGUCAUUACUGUGGUGCAUCACGUGUUGACUUGAGUGCAAGCCUGUUCCACCCUGUUUUUAUGUACAGUGAAGUGUGUACACCAUGUUUUUUGCAGCGGGACAAUGCACGAAAGUCCCCUAACCUUUGUACCUUAGCAACGUGCGGGGCCGUCCCGGGGACGACUUCCGCCUGGUGACUGUGAAGUGCCCCCCCCCCCCUCUCCAGAAGUUCUUUCUAAAGAUUGAGCAAUGGCCAGAAAAAUUUUUUUUUUUUUAAUUUGGUGUAGAAACCACAUAUGUGCUCUCCACACAUAGCUGCACACACAUGACUUGUAAUUCUGUACGUUCCACGUAAAUGUUCGACACUUGCAACGCUUUACAAAAAAAAAAGAUCUGACUGAAAAAAUUAUAUGGCCACAAGUUAAUUACAAAAGUUAUACUCUAAAUUCUGCGACGAAAAUUAUAUACGUUAAUUACCCAACCUGACAAGCUUCCGGGAUCUGUGCUGUCCCAAGUCCCCCUCUGGGGAGGGCGGCUGCCCCACUUGCACCCCCUCGGAACGGCUCUGGCAAUGUGACUGCUGUAAGUAGCUCUUGCUGAAGUUGAAGCCUGUAGUUCAUGAUUUCGUUUUCAUCUUCGUUGUCUUCAAACAGAUCAUGAGGAAAGGACUUUUACUUGCCCAAAAGAGUAGUGAUCAAAAAGGUUUUUACGUAGCUGAUGUCUCUUAACCGUUUAGUCGAAGCCAACUCUUAAUCUACAUCUUUAUUUGUUCGUUUCAUGUGAAUCUACACUCAAUCAUUGUUGUUAUUAUUAUUAUUAUUAAUUUUACGAGUACUCGGAGAUGUGAUUCCUACUAACGCUAUUUUCAUACUAACGUUCCCAUCACAUUCAUGUACAAAUUAUGUGCUACGUCUGUGUCUGUCACACAACGCCCUUUGCGGUUUCUUUUACUGUGACACAUCAUUUCACAGGCUUGCAUUCCAGUCCGCAAUCACGAGGACUCUCACGCAUGCACGCAACAUGCAGAAACUAGGUCAUAACAAACAUAAAUAAUUUUUAUUUGUAAUUGCACGACUGCCCAUUUUAGUUGAACCUGUGCAAAACUGAACACGGUACGGAACGUGUUAUCAUGGACCAGGCUUUUGAGCAGAGAGCGAGUACUCUUACCUUGUACGUCGUUCUCUGUUUGCUAUCAUGUACAUAGGCAAUACAAUAAAAAUUAUCGUAAACCUAA